UCACUUAAAUCAAACACCUACGAAAGCCUCUUCUGCGUCUACCCAAGUUCAAAACCUCCCCGUCUCUCUCUCCAAUCAGAACCGUACUUGAACAUCAUCUUCUUCAAUCUCUCGUACGCCUCCGAUUCUCCGAUCGUUCCACCGGCUCUGUACCUCUAACCUCUGUUCCGAGUUCUCUCCUUCUUCCCGAUUUCUGGAAUUGUUUUUGAUGGCGGACGACGGUAAGCAAGGCACCAAAAUCAACGGGGACGAAGCCCGCGAAGAGCGGCAGGAGAACCCUGGGACCGCCGAUGACGGAGCCACCCCCGUCGAAUCCGAUGGCUGCGGCGCCGAGGGCGGCGGCGAUGGCUCCGGGCGAUCGCGGGAGGGAAGCGAUGGGGAGGAGGAGGAGGAGGCGGCGGCGGCGCAGGAGCUGCCGCAGGCGAAUCCGCGGUCCUCCAGCAGAACCCCGUUCACCGGUUUGAGUCAGGUCGAUGCCGACUGGGCUCUCGCCCGUACGCUGCAGGAACAGGAAAGGGCCUUCAUGGUGCUUAGACUGAAUACUGAAGGCAGUGAUUACGGAAGUUGGGAAGGUGGGAGCUACAUACCGGAUGAAGAUGAUGAUUUUGAGGAUCCUGACGGUGAAACUGAUGAAGAAGACGAUGACAUUGUGGGCUCGUAUGAUGGCACUGAUGUGGAUGAUGAAGAUGCUUUUGAUGUGCAUGCUGCUGAGGACGCUAAUGGAGAUAGCAACCAAGCUGUUGAGCUUGAGACAGAAAACUUCUCAAGUGAUGAGGCUUAUGCCAGAGCUUUACAGGAUGCUGAAGAUAGAGUAAUGGCAGCUCGAAUGUUGGCCCUUGCUGGGCUAAAUGAUCGGGUUGUUGAAGAAGCAGAGGAUCAUCAUGAUAAUCAGGACACGUGGGAGGACGUCGAUCCAGAUGAACUUGUGUAUGAGGAGUUGCUUGCUCUAGGUGACGUGGUUGGAACUGAGAGUAGAGGGCUUUCAGCUGACACAAUUGCUUCUCUGUCUUCUGUUAGCUAUAAGACAGGCAGCAGUCAGCAUGGCACCAAUGAUUCGUGUGUCAUUUGUCGGUUGGAUUAUGAGGAUGGUGAGAUGCUGACUGUGCUAUCUUGCAAACACUCAUAUCAUUCAGAAUGCAUAAACAAUUGGCUGCAAAUAAACAGGGUCUGUCCUGUUUGCAGUGCCGAAGUCUCUGGAUCUGCGAACAGCUAGCGAUGGAUUGUCGAGGAGGCUACUUGCUAAGUUCAAAUAAUAGAUGUAGAAUUGCAGUUCUUUAUAAUGGCUAACGACCCAAUUCAUACUCAUGGUCCUUCUGCAAGAAAGACUAUAUUGUCUUUGCAUCCUUCUAAUCCAUGGCAUGGACUUGAUCGUUCUCUUAUGGUUAUAUGAUGUAUGAAAGGAUUCGAAAGUUCUGU